AUGUCUCCCGAGAACCACACUACCGUGACUGGAUUCAUUCUUCUGGGACUUUCUGAAGUUCCCAUCUUUCAGCCUCUGGUCUUUGCCAUGUUGUUGUGUCUCUACAUCGUCACCGUGAUGGCGAACACUCUGAUUGUGGUGAUAAUCAAUGCGGACCACACCCUUCACACCCCAAUGUAUUUCUUCCUCACCCAACUGUCCUGCCUGGAGGUGUGCUACACCUCCAUCACCAUCCCAAAGAUGCUGGAGAGCCUGGCCAACCAAGCGGACAUUUCCUUCAUGGGCUGCGCCAUGCAAAUGUUCUUCUUCCUUUUCUUCGGGGUGGCGGAGUGCUUCUUCCUGGCCUCCAUGGCGUUUGACCGCUACGUGGCGAUAUGCGACCCCCUGAGGUACACAGUUGUUGUGAGCCGGAGGCUUUGUGGACAGUUGGCCCUAGGUUCGUGGGCGUGUGGGGCUGCCGUGGGGGUCGGACACACCGUUUUUAUAUUCAGCCUGCCUUUCUGCGGGAGCCUCAUUGACCACUUCUUCUGUGAGAUCCAGCCGUUGAUGGAGCUGCUCUGUGGGGGCCCCUCCCUGAAUGCGGCGCACAUCAUCGCUGUGGCCGUGUUGGCCAUCGUGGUCCCAUUCCUCCUCAUCAUCUUCUCAUACAGCUGCAUCACUGCCACCAUCCUUAGGAUGUCCUCCUCUGCCGGCAGGCAUAAAGCCUUCUCCACCUGCUCCUCCCACCUGGCAGUGGUGACCCUCUUCUAUGGCACGGUCGGCUUCAUGUACUUGCGACCCAAGUCCAGCUACUUCCCACCAGUCGACAAGCUGGUUUCCCUCCUGUACGCCGUGGUGACGCCAUUGUUGAACCCAAUAAUCUAUAGCCUAAGGAACAAGGAGGUGAAAGGAGCCCUGAGGAAACUAUGGAAUAAAAUGUUCUCACUGUGA